GUAAAAUUAAAGAGCUUCUCUGUAAGUAAUCUGACAUUAACGUAUCGGUUAUGAAGGAUUGAUAGUGGCCAUUACCAAUAGAUCAACAUAAAGAUGGACCGAUUUGCGUUUAUUUGUCUACUGUUGUGCAUAUAUGUAGAUUAUGCAUCCUCUAUUGAAAGGAACAUUACAUUGGUGACCACAAGCAAUGAUGUCGUGGCUGGUACAUCUGUUACUCUUGCCUGCACGGCUUUUGGCAUUGACGAAAUAAAAUGGAACGGUCCAAGCGGCCAAAUUACGUAUUUCAGUGGCUGUAAUGAAUUAUCUGAAUUUAAUGGGCCAGACGUAGACCGUUUUCGUAUAACCUGCUCGUUCGAGAUUGGUUCACGGUAUGGCACUGUUAGUAAUCUAACAAUCAUUAGUUUUGACCCAGGGAGGGAUCAAGGUAGCUGGGGAUGUUUUGAUGGCACCGCACAAGCAGCUGAUGCAUACAUCUCAUUGACCUCUCAAGAGGUUGGUAUCAAAAAUAUCCAUAUAACUUCAACUCCCGGUUCUGUAACAGCGACCAACGAACUAACAUUGUUAGAAAAAGAGAGCGAUACUUUAACAUGUACAGCUGAAUGUAAUAGUACCUGUCAAUAUAAAUGGAUGAAAGGAACCGAAUUAGUAGCAUCUACAAGUCAACUUUCCUUAAACAACAUUACCUCUACAGCAUCCGGACAAUAUAUAUGCCACGCAUCUUAUAAUGACGUGGAACUGACUAAAAGCUUAAGGGUAUCAGUCCUUCAAAGAGAUUACGUUAUAUUUGAUCCACCAGGGGAUUUAAUAACGGUAGCCGAAGGACAGACGAUUUCUAUAAAUUGUUCGGCUGAAAAUGGUAUGUGCGACCAAAAUGAAUAUCGUCGGUGUGUGAACUGUUGGGACAAUCAUUCAAAUACUGCGGGUACUUGUAAGCAUUUGGUAAUUCCCAACGCAACACCGUCGAUGGCUGGACUGUACAGAUGUCAUUAUACUGAAGAAGAACCUGGUAUUAAUGCCCUCUGGAGUACUUUCAAAACUUUAGAAGUGCGGGUUCUGGCUGGGCCAUCGUCAAUUGUCAUAUAUCCCAACGUUGACGUUAUAACAUUAACACCAGGAUCAACUGUAACGUUGAAUUGUUCAGCUGAAUGUCAACUAGAAUGUAAUUAUUCCUGGAAAUCUGUGAGUGAUCCGACAGUAAUUAUUUCUACUACUGCCGCUCUCACUAUAUCAAACAUCUCUAGUUAUCAGCAGGAUCAAUACAUAUGUACAGCCAGUAAUGUCGGUGGAAAUUUGACAGGAAUGAUAUAUGUAGAAGUAUGGGAAAAUUAUUUUGAUGAAUCAGCUAACUCCAGUCUAGUGACAUCAAAUACUAAUCCUGCUCCUGGUUCAUCUGUAACUUUAACUUGUUCUGUAAAACGAAGUGCUACAGGUGGUUCACAAGAGGAAGUAGACUGGUAUGGUCCACAUGGUGUGGUUGCUGUCUUUAAGUGGUGUUAUAGAUUAACUUCCCUUGAUGGACCAAAUAUAACAGAUUAUACAAUAGAUUGUAUUGAUGGUAGCACUACAGGGGAUGGAUGGACAACCAGUACAUUAACUAUACAUAAUUAUAUACCAGAAAGAGAUGCUGGCAAUUGGAGCUGUUUAGAUGAUACAAUAGGUCCCUCGUUAAAGGUUAUUUCACCAGAUGGACCAUCAUCCGUAAUAAUAACUCCAACAUCAGACCCAGUAACAAUAACUAAUGGAGAAUCUCUAAGUCUCGUUUGUUCUGCUGAUUGUCAACCAGAUUGUAAUUUUACAUGGACCUACAACAAUGUUAUUGUUUCAACUACUGCUACUUAUACUAUAAACUCCAUUACUAAUAGCCAAAAUGGUAUUUAUACCUGUACAGUGACCAACGUCAUAGGUAGUGCGAUUAAAUCUACCAAAGUUGCUGUUAAUUGUAAGUUUUUAUCAUAG